UGCGCCGCGCGGCGCCCCGCCCGCGGCCGGUGCUCGGCUCCCUCCGCAGAGCCGCCCGCGCGGUGCUCCGCGGGACUUCAGAGGAGGCCGCGCCCGCAGGCCGAUGGCUGCGGCCUCGCGGGCGGUCACGCUGCCGGCCGUGGUGGAGGAGCUCCUGAGCGAGAUGGCCGCGGCGGUGCGGGAAAGCGCGCGCGUUCCUGAUGAGCAUCUAUUAUUGCUGAAGUUUGUCUUUGGCUCAUCAGCCCUCCAGGCCUUGGACCUAGUUGAUCGACAGUCCAUCACUUUAAUCUCGUCGCCCAGUGGGAGGCAUGUUUACCAGGUGCUCGGAAGUUCUGGCAAAACAUACACGUGUUUGGCUUCUUGUCAUUACUGUUCAUGUCCUGCGUUUGCCUUCUCCGUGCUCCGGAAGAGUGACAGCCUGCUGUGCAAGCAUCUCUUGGCAGUUUAUCUUAGUCAGGUUAUGGGGACCUGUCAGCAGCUAAGUGUUUCGGAUAAGCAAUUGACGGACAUAUUAUUGAUGAAGAAGAAUCAAGAAGCAUAAAAGGGAUAUUGCAGAAGCAGCUGACGCGGUGAACAAACAGACGAAAAAGAUCUUACAGCCUAGGAAACCUCAACCCUGUGCCCCCAAAGCGUGAGGUGCUAGUGAGUGAAUGCUGUGGGAGAAGGCCACGAUAUUGCAGUGUUCUGUGGGGGGGGCAGAGCCUUUUGUUACGAUGAGGUGUGGCCAAUAAACUAUGAAGAUUUUUCUGCUACUUGGGAAACUUCAAGUGGGUAUAAGCUUAUAUUUUUAAGCAGACUUUAGGAUAAAGAAUAGAAGGGACAUGCAGCUCUAUAUGACAAGCCAGUGCAGCACCCUAAGCUUGAUUUCUUCAAGUUUUAUUUUUAUUUCACCCAAUAUACAUACACAAUUGUAUAAUUUUACUUAGUAAAAAUUUCACACUUUGAGAUCCAGCAAGUUGGCAAAGCAUGAAGUUGGUAGAGAAGUAAAAUUCACUACUAGAUCUAGGAGGGGGAAAGGGAAUCCGAUAGAAGAAGGAUCCCACUUCUCUAGUUUCUUUCUCUAGGGUUGUUUGCUAUAUAUGGAAAAGAAUGCUAUCAAAAUGUUAUCUGAUGAUGUUCUACUUAAGAACUUUCAGGAAUGUC